AUGUCAGCAGCUAAGAUCGAAACCGAGAAGUAUAUCGGCGCUACCUUGAGGAUUAAACUUAAAGAUUCACGAGUUUUGGAUGGCGUUUUGACGGUCAUUGAUCCUUUUGGAAACAUUCUUCUUUCCAAUGGAUAUGAAUACUCGCUAGACAGAAUAAACCCAGAGAAAUUGCAUAAGAGAGAAAUUGGCUUGGUCAGUGUUCCCAAGGAGAGCAUGGAGAGUAUUAGUGUCGACAAGAAAACUCACGGAAACAUUUUCAAGGCGAAGUAA